AUGGGUGUCGUGCGUGAGGCCGGUUUUGAUGGCGAAGGGAUGAAGCUGGUCCGGGCAUCUCCAUGUUUUACAUGCUUCCAGGAGUUUGCUGAGCUGAUGAACAGUUACCAUGUGCCUAUGUGGAAGAAUAAAAUAAAGAGGAGUAGCGGAUUAGAAUUUGGAGCGAUUGGUGAUAUUGGACUUGAUGAAACUCUGUCACCGCUAUACAUUCCACCCAUCGGUCCUCCUUAUCCCAAACUUCACUUUCCUACCACUCAAACUCCCAUAAAUACCGUCAAAUUUGGUCAAACACUUGUUCCUUGUGAUUCCCAUCCCAAAUAUCUUGUAUGCGUCCACCACCACCCAUGGGGGCCGCCUUACGUACUCCACCAGUCCCCUUCCGCCCGACACGUCAUCAUACAUCAGCAAAUCCUCACAGUCAAAAUACUCCUCACCCCAAUACCUCCCAAGAACCGACCGGUCCACAAAAGCUGCCCCCAUCAAGAUCGCAUUAUCUCUCCUUGGGUACACGUACAACCCUACCAUCUUAUCCGGAUGCUCACGCCACACCCGAAAUCCCCGCUCGACGUCAUCACACGUCAUCAUGACAUCAUCGUCGAGCUCGAGAACUGCCCGAGUUUCCAACAAUGGGUCUGA